AUGGCAUCGAUCUCUGGACUUUUACAGUGGUGCAAGGAAAACGGAACCUUAUUAUCUCCAAGGGUAGAAUUCAAAAAUAUUGAUGCCACAAACAUUGGCGGGUUUUUCCAAAACUCUGAAAAAGAGGCAGCUGAUGAUUUAGAAGAUGAGCACAUUAGAUUACCAUUGAAAUUGGCCAUCACAGUAUCAGAUGCAAUCAAAUCGUUUAGUGAUGGGAAUGAAGCUGACACAUUCACCAACAUUUCUAACAAGACAUCCAAUAUAAACUCAUUGUUGAAGUUAUUCUUGGCCCGUGAAAAGUCUGAAAAGUACCUUUCCAAGUCCUUCUAUCAGCCAUAUCUCACUCUUCUUCCUAGUUUGACUGAUAUCAAUUCUCCUUACACUUGGUCUCCGGAGGACAAAGAAUCUUUAAGAGGUACGAAUCUAGGAAGCGCGUUGAAGGAGAAUUUGGCUGCUCUUGUGGAGGAAUGGUGGCAAGUCAUCAACUUGCUUCCAGAAAGCAUUGACAAACCAGAGCAGCACUUUGUCAACAUGAAGUUUUAUUAUGAAUUCAAGUUCCACCAAGAGAAAGACCUUUAUGAAUUGUUCAAUACUGAACAAGACUUCAACAAUUGGACAAGUUUCACAAACUAUUUGUGGUCUUCUUUGAUUUUGAAGUCUAGAUCAUUUCCCGCCUAUUUGAUCAAGAAUGUCGAUAAAGAAAAAGAUAUCAAGAUGGAUGAAGCCAUGUUAUUACCUGUGGUAGAUUUGUUGAAUCAUAGCAUGAAAGCCGAUGUUGAAUGGUCCGUUACCAGGACAGGAGGUACCGAUUUCUUCAACUUCAAAUCUAACUCAGCGUUGGUGGGCAGAGAAUUGUUUAAUAACUAUGGCAGAAAAGGUAAUGAGGAACUCCUUCUUGCCUAUGGGUUCUGCAUCGAAGGUAAUGAAGCCGAUACUACAGCUUUGAAAAUCAAGAUCCCAGUGGAAAUGUUACCUGAAUUAGAACAAGCUGGUGUCAAACUCCCACGACUUUCAGAUUAUACUACUGCGGUGGUGAGAACUGAUGAGCCUACCCCUGACAAUAAAGGAGACUACAGUGAGUUUUCUGAUGGGUUACUUUUUUUUGUGACAGUCAAUAAUGUCCCCGAAAACUUAAUUUCACUCUUCCAGCAAUUGGUCAAAACUCCAUGGGAAACUGAUAUAACUUUAAGAACCAAAUUAGCUGGAAUUAAUCAUUUAAGGCAGGCCCUUGAGUCUAAAAUCACCAUCAUCAACGAGAUCAAGAAACCAUCAGCACAGUCUGCUAAUACUAGAAACAUCGAUAUCUAUGUUUCCAGCCAAAAACAGAUUCUUAAUUCUGCCGUGAAAAUACUCAAACGGAAAGAAAAGGAUAUACUAGUUGAUCCAGAGGUCAAACCAAAUCUUGUUACACUCAAGACCGUCUAUAAGAAAGACAAGAAGUUUGCAGACGCCCUUUUGGUGUCACUAGGAGUCACUUCGUAUGAACAAUUGAUUGAACAUAGCUUCCAGGAUCAAGCAUGGUUAUUGUUUUUGAUCCGGUGCCACAACAAGAAAGAGUAUGCUGACGAAGAAGAAAACUAUCUUCCUGACUGGAUCCAUGAUAGUUUUGAGAGAAUGACCAAAGAACAUACAAUAACUGCCGAAGAAAUCGUUCAAUAUCAAGAAUUAUACGAGAGCCUCGUUAUACCAUUAACCAGUACGGCACCCGAUGUAUUCAAUAGAGGUGUAUGGACGGUUGAACAGCUUAUAAUCAGUGCCAGACUUCUUGAUACAAUCAGCUUUGUCAGGGGCAAGAAGCAAGAAUGCAUUCUUGUCAAGACCUAA